UGUGGCAGCCCCUCUCAGCGGAAUAUGGUUCGUCUCUCUUAAUAAAUUCGGACUUUUUUGGUCAAAAUGCUGCGGGUCAUCGUUGAAUCCGCAAGUGGGAUCCCCAAAAAGAAACUUGGAAACCCUGAUCCUAUAGUUGGGGUUGUGUUCAGGGGUGAAAAGAAGAAAACCAAAGCAAUUGACAAUGAGUUAAAUCCUGUUUGGAAUGAGGUGCUUGAAUUCGAUCUGAAAGGCACGCCCUUGGACGCAUCCUCCUUCAUCAAUGUGGUUGUGAAAGAUUUUGAAACAAUCGGCAAAGACAAGCGGAUCGGUUCAGCAAAAAUCUUACUGAGAGACUUGGCCAGUGGUCAAGUGAAGUCUCUUCCAUCCAGGAACGUCCCCUUGAUCAAUGAGAAGCAACAGACUUGUGGGGCAACCAUUAAUUUGGUUAUUGGGUAUGAGCCUCCUGCCAGCAGUACUCCAAAUCUAAAUGAUCAACCUGAUACAGACACGUCCCACGUGGAUGGAGAUAACAUGGAAGAGGAUGAAGAAAGGGAGACAGAUGUGGAGGAGGGAGGCCAGGGUGGAAGUCCAGGAGCUGCCACCAUGCCACACCAGCCUGGGAAACCCAGCCACAAGUCGGUUCGUGUCAGCCGCAAGAGACACAGAGCGUUGGCCAAUAAGCCCCAGGACUUCCAGAUUCGUGUUCGAGUUAUCGAGGCUCGACAGUUGCCUGGCAACAACAUCAAGCCGGUGGUUAAGGUGAAUGUGUGUGGGCAAACCCACAGGACUCGAAUUAGAAGAGGAAAUAACCCAUUUUUUGAUGAGAUGUUUUUCUACAAUGUUAACAUGCUCCCAUCAGAGCUGUUUGAUGAGAGCAUUAGUCUCCGGGUUUAUGACUCCUACUCUCUUAGAUCAGACAGUCUAAUGGGAGAAUUCAAGUUGGAUGUUGGCUACAUCUACGAUGAACCUGGUCAUGCUUUAAUGAGGAAAUGGCUCCUCCUAAGUGAUCCUGAUGACUCCAAUUCAGGGUCCAGAGGUUACCUGAAAGUUACUCUGAUGGUUAUGACCACUGGGGAUGAACCACCGACUGAGAAGAGAGAGAUAAACCAGGAUCAGGAUGACAUAGAGAGUAACCUCCUAGUGCCGACUGGUGUCACCAUGCGAUGGGCCACUCUGAGCAUCAAAGUCUACCGCGCUGAGGAUAUGCCACAGAUGGAUGAUGCCUUUAUUCAGACAGUGAAACAAGUUUUCGGAGGAGAAGGAGACAGAAAAAACCUGGUGGACCCAUAUUUGGAAGUGAGCUUUGCUGGAAAAAAGCUUUGCACCAAAACUAUUGAGAAAAACGCAAAUCCAGAGUGGAAUCAACUCCUCCACCUUCAAGUCAAGUUUCCCUCCAUGUGUGACCGAAUCAAGCUCACCAUGUAUGACUGGGACCGUUUAACCAGAGAUGAUGCCAUCGGAACAGCAUUUCUGAACCUGAACAAAAUGUCCUCCUCCGGGGGGGCGAUAGAGGACGUAAAUUGCAACACGGUGUCUGAAACCUCUGAGACUGGUUUCCUCCCAGCUUUUGGGCCUUGCUAUGUGAACCUGUAUGGCAGCCCCAGAGAAUUCACUGGUCUACCUGACCCAUAUGAAGAACUCAACCUUGGCAAGGGUAAAGGGGUUGCUUACAGAGGGAGAGUCCUGGUUGAACUGUCCACUCAACUGGAUGGAAAGGUUGAGAAGAAUGUGGACGACAUCUCUAGUGAUGACAUCCUGGUGGCACAGAAAUACCAGCGGAGGAGGAAGUUCUCUCUAUGCGCGGUGUUCCACAGUGCAUGCAUGCUACAAGAGCCUGGUGAGCCAAUCCAGUUUGAGGUUAGCGUCGGCAACUAUGGAAACAAGCUGGACUCCACCUGCAAACCCCUGGCAUCCACCACACAAUACAGCUUUGCUGUGUUUGAUGGUAAUCACUACUAUUACCUGCCAUGGGCUGACACAAAGCCUGUAGUGAUCCUUACAUCAUACUGGGAAGACAUCAGCCACCGUCUACACUCAGUGAACGUUCUGCUCUGCAUCGCUGACAGACUGGAGUCUCACCUCACAUCUUUAAAAACUGCCAUAUUAGCUAAAGUAUCUGAGACACGCUUGGCUGAGAUUUGGCUGAAACUCAUCAACCACGUGAUUGACGAUCUUUGUUUCCAGCUCCCAGUGAUGGAGGGACAGCCCAAUGUGACCGCACUGGAUCUGCAGAUGAAAACACUACGUGAUGCUGCACUGGAGAAUAUCAAGCAGAUGGCCAUUCACAUGAGAGAAGAGGCCACAGAUAUUAAGGCUACUGUCGGGGACAUUGAAGACUGGUUGGACAGAAUCAAACAGCUGGCAGAGGAGCCUCAGAACAGCAUGCCAGAUGUCAUCAUAUGGAUGUUAAGAGGAGAGAAGCGUGUGGCCUUUGCCCGGAUCCCAGCCAAUCAGAUCCUGUACUCCAACUUCAGCGAACAGGCCUGUGGCAAACACUGUGGGAGGACACAGACCGUCUUCAUGCAGUAUCCCAUGGACAAAAACAAAGGUUUGAAGAUCCCUGUUCAGCUGAGGGUCAACAUGUGGCUCGGCCUAUCGACCCAUGAGAAGAAGUUCAACAGCUUCUCAGAGGGAAACUUCAGCGUUUAUGCUGAAAUGUAUGAAAACCAAGCUCAAGUGUUUGGGAAGUGGGGGACCACUGGGUUGGUCGGCCGUCAUAAAUUCUCAGACGUGACUGGGAAGGUGAAACUCAAACAAGAGCGGUUCCUGCCACCACGAGGCUGGGAGUGGGACGAAGACUGGUUUGUUGAUCCUGAGCGAUGCCUGCUGACGGAGGCUGAUGCAGGCCACACAGAGUUCACAGAUGAAGUUUUUCAGAAUGAAACACGUUUUCCUGGUGGGGAGUGGAAACUUGCUGCAGAGCCCUACACGGACGUGAAUGGAGAAAAAGCUCUGAGUCCUGGAGAGUUUGAAUGUCCCUCUGGAUGGAAAUGGGAAGACGAGUGGAGCUUUGACAGCAACAGGGCAGUAGAUGAGAAAGGUUGGGAAUAUGGACUAACUAUUCCUCCUGACGAUAAACCCAAAUCUUGGGUCGCAGCAGAAAAAAUGUACCAUGUCCAUCGGCGGAAGAGACUCAUAAGACCGAGAAGGAAGAUAUCUGAUAAAGUGGCCACUCUUGAGAGAAAAGACCCAGGAGAGGGAUGGGAAUACUCUUCGCUGAUUGGCUGGAAGUUUCACAGGAAGGAACGCUCCUCUGAUACAUUCCGUCGUCGCCGCUGGAGAAGAAAAAUGGUCCCUUCAGACUGCAUUGGCGCCUCUGCCAUCUUCAGACUAGAGGGGGCAUUAGGGGUUGAUGUGGAUGAGAAAGCCAGUAAAACCGAUUCAGCCAAAUUAUUCGGUGCCAACACACCCACUGUUUCCUGCCACUUCACUCGGUCGCACCUUUACCAGCUGAGAGUGUACGUUUAUCAAGCAAGGAAUCUCUGUGCCAUGGACAAAGACAGCUUUUCAGAUCCCUAUGCACAUGUGUCCUUCCUACAUGUGAGCAAGACCACGGAGGUCAUCAGAGCCACUUUGAACCCCACAUGGGAUCAAACUCUGAUCUUUGAGAACAUUGAAAUCUAUGGAGACCCCCAGACCGUUGCCCGUAACCCCCCUGAUGUGGUGAUGGAGCUGUAUGACAGUGAUCAAGUUGGUAAAGAUGAGCCCAUGGGUCGCUGCACAUGCCCUCCAGUGGUUAAACUGAAUCCCAGUGUAGCCCUCAGCCCCAAGCUGCUGUGGUUCCCAGUAACCAAAAAGGGACGGAAUAGUGGGGAGAUACUGGCUGCUGCUGAACUUCUGCUGAAGGACAAGGUAGGUGACGAGGAUCUGCCCCUACUCCCAUCACGGCGAGGAGAGAUGCUCUACAUGGUUCCCCAGGGCAUCAGGCCUGUAGUGCAGCUUACUGCGAUUGAGGUCUUGACCUGGGGUUUACGGAACAUGAAGACCUACCAGCUGGCCACAGUUUCCUCUCCUAGUUUGAUUGUGGAAUGUGGUGGUGAAGUUGUUCAGACCGCUGUCAUCAAGAACUUCAAAAAGAACCCCAACUUUCCUGGAUCUGUGCUGAUGCUCAAAGUGCUCCUGCCCAAAGAGGAGAUGUACACCCCUCCCAUUGUGCUGAAGGUAAUCGACCAUCGACCCUUUGGUAGGAAACCUGUGGUAGGUCAGUGCACCAUUGACUGCUUGGAGGAGUUCCGCUGUGAUCCGUACCGUGUCAACGCUCAAGUAAUGUCUGCUAGAGUGGCGAUGAUAGCUGCUGCCCAGGGAGACAUUAUCAUAGACAUUGAAGAAAGACCCAUUGUCAACACAGAGCGUCAAGCAGAAAAGGAGGACGAAGCAGUAGACUGGUGGAGUAAGUUCUUCGCCUCUGUUGGACAACAGGAGAAGUGUGGGCCUUACCUCAAAAAAGGAUACAACACUUUGCAGGUGUACGACUGUGAAAUAGAGGAAGUUGACCAGUUUCAGGGCCUCACCGAUUUCUGCAGCACUUUCAAACUUCAGCGAGGAAAGAAUGAGGAUGAAGAGGAUGAUCCUUCAGUGGUGGGAGAGUUCAAGGGCUCAUUUAGGAUUUAUCCACUUCCUGAUGAUCCAGGAGUGGCAGCUCCACCGCGUCAGUUCAGAGAGCUUCCUGAAAGUGGACCUCAGGAGUGCCUUGUCAGAAUUUAUGUGGUGCGCUGUAUUGAUCUGCAGCCUAAGGAUGCAAAUGGCAUGUGUGAUCCAUACAUUAAGAUUACUCUGGGCAGAAAAACAGUGGACGACAGGGAUCACUACAAACCCAACACACUCAAUCCAGAGUUUGGGAGGAUGUUUGAGCUGUCCUGCUUCCUGCCUCAGGACAAGGAUCUGAAGAUCGCUGUUUACGACUACGACUUACUGAGCAGAGAUGAAAAAGUGGGUGAGACGGUCAUUGAUCUGGAAAACAGACUUCUGUCCCAUUUCAGGCCCUGCUGUGGCCUCCCACAGACAUACUGCGUCACAGGGAUCAAUCAGUGGAGAGACCAGCUGAAACCUUCUCAGAUCCUCCAGAAUUUUGCCAAAGUGAGAGGUGUCCCUCCUCCACGUAUAGAGGGAGACGGCAGCUCACUGUCCUUCUCUGGAAAACAAUACAACCUGCAAGAUUUUGAAACAAAUGCAGUGAUUCAUCCACACCUGGGCCCAGCCAGAGAGAGGCUGGCCCUGCAUGUCCUCAGAAACCAGGGUUUAGUACCAGAGCAUGUGGAAACCAGGACUCUGUGCAGCUCUCAUCAACCCAACCUUUCCCAGGGAAAAAUUCAAAUGUGGGUGGACAUAUUCCCUAAAAGCCUUGGCUUGCCAGGGCAUCCAUUUGAUGUCACGCCACGCAAAGCCAAGAAGUACUUCCUGCGGGCCAUCAUUUGGAACACAACAGAUGUUACUCUGGAUGAAACAAGCAUCACAGGAGAGAACAUGAGUGACAUCUAUGUUAAAGGAUGGAUGCCAGGCAUGGAAGAAAACAAGCAGAAGACGGAUGUCCACUACAGGUCCCUGGAUGGUGAUGGAAAUUUCAACUGGAGGUUCAUCUUUGGGUUUGACUAUUUGCCUGCAGAGCAACUCUGUGUUGUCUCGAGAAAAGAACACUUUUGGAAUCUGGACAAAACAGAAUUCAGGAUUCCACCCAAGCUAAUCAUCCAGAUAUGGGACAAUGACAAAUUCUCCUUGGAUGACUAUCUGGGUUCAGUUGAGCUGGAUCUACUUAAUCUGAUACCUCCUGCUAAAACUCCAGAAAAGUGCAGUCUGAAGAUGCUUCCAGGAGUGUCAACCUCAUAUCCCUCCAAACAUCCGCCACCCAACUCAUUGUUCUCCCAAAAGUCUGUACGAGGCUGGUGGCCAUGUGCCAUCGAGCAGGAUGGGAAACAUGUGCUUGGGGGGAAAGUAGAGAUGACACUGGAAAUAGUGGAGGAGAAAGAAAUGGAGGAGAGACCUGCUGGGAAAGGCAGAGAUGAACCCAACAUGAAUCCCAAACUGGAGCCACCCAACCGUCCUGACACAUCAUUCUUCUGGUUUACAAACCCUUGCAAGACCAUGAAGUUCAUUGUGUGGCGGCGAUUCAAAUGGAUCUUUAUCAUUGGGAUCCUUCUUCUGCUGGUGAUCCUGUUCCUUGGGAUCCUCUUCUACUCUCUACCCAAUUACAUCUCAAUGAAGAUUGUGAAGCCUUUCUCCUGAGGAGUACUGCAACAAAGCUGCCUGUCUAGUGCUGUGUUUGCUAGUCCUUGACACUGUUAUUACCCCACCACUCCCAAAAAAUGCAGUAACUUUUCCUACUUGUCAUAUUUCUGAGUAAUAGUCUCUUCCCAUAAUCACAUCUGUCUGCUUGGUUUGCACUCAGUAUUAUAUAUGUCUUGUAUAGAUUAAAAAAUAUAAAAAAGAAAAACAUCUUUCAUGUCAAGAGUUUCAUAUUAUAAUAAACUUGUUACAUACAAA